UGUUGCUUCAAAGGGGUCUCAGCAAUCAUUGAAGAGUCAUAAUGCAAACUACCCAGUACCGAAAUUACCCGCAGGCGACAACUCGCUCGCCGCAUGGCUCUGCUAAUCGGCGAGGGCCUGGUACGUAUACCCUUCCUGACGUACUCACUAAUCACACGACACAUUCUACCUUCAACUGAAGCUGCCACAUAUACCGUGAACUCUUCGAUGAUCACUAAGGCUGACUUGAUGCGUACAUUCCGCAAUGCAGGUCCUCUUACUGGCGUCCCUCCACCGCAUACUGUGAACGCAGCAGCGCAGCAGCAGUUGCAGAUGCAACAAGCCGCCGACGCGCACCGACGCGAAUUGGGGAAACGUAUUGCGCGGAAGCCGACAGACAAGAACUUACCAGAUGGCGUUGAGGAUAUUAUGAUCGGCGACAGUGUGCAGGAAUAUCGCAAGCUGCGGGACGUGGAAAAGAGGCUAGACUCUGUCAUGAUGCGCAAGCGGCUUGAUAUCACGGAUUCUAUGAACCGCAGUAUGACUAGAUAUCGUACUAUGCGCAUAUGGAUCUCAAACACCGCGGAAAACCAGCCAUGGCAGCAAGGAAGCAUGGAGACUGAUGUAUUCGAUUUCACUAGCGAAAACAACGCCACGUAUAAAGUCAGAAUAGAAGGGCGACUGUUAGACGACGAUGAUGAUGGACUACCAGGGAAAGAAUGGGACAAGGGAACUAACGGAGAGGCAGACGAAGACCAAGAUGCAGUUGAUCAAGACGGCGACAAUACGACCAAAAGAACGGCUACGAAACCAGCCUCGACUUCUCAACGCACGAAACUCUCGCACUUUUUCAAGUCAAUCAUUAUCGACUUCGAUCGCUCGAAACAUCUCCAACCGGACGGCUUUACGCAAAUAGAAUGGAAAAGACCCACCGAUCCCGCUUCGCAAGAGGCCAACUUCGACAGCCUCGAAUUUGAGCGAAAGAGCGACGAGAACAUCAAUGUCACGGUCAAUCUCGUGCGUGAUGAUCAACCAGAGCGCUUUCGACUCAGCAAACCGCUUGCGGAAUUACUCGACACCGAGGAAGACGAACGCGCUAAUGUCAUGAUGGGCAUCUGGAACUACAUCAAAGCGCAAAACCUCCAAGAAGACGAAGACACGCGACGUGUGCAAUGCGAUGCUCGUCUGAAAGCAGUAUGUUGACCUCGCGUCUCCAUGCGCGCCGUCACACUCCCAAUAUUAACAUUUUCCAGGUUUUCAGCACUGAAUCCAUAUUCUUUCCCCACCUUCCACAAUACAUAACUCAUCAUCUCUCCCCCGUCCCGGCUCUACAACUUCCAUAUACCAUCCGUG